AUGAGGUCACUUCACUCACUUCGAUGUGACUGGCUAGUCAACAAAGCCCAGGGCUCAGAGCCGACCUCCAUCGACCGGCAUGCGGCCUGUCAAGUGACCGCAGCCCCCACCACCGCCACCACUAACAUCUGCAAAGCGGGCAAGAACCGACACGGUGAGACGAUGUCAUUUGCUCUCACCACACGUGUUCCAGCACGCCAGCGGCAUGAACACUUCAUCGUAACCCCUAGAAUGCUGAUGCAGUUGUGA